AUGCAUGGGAUACAGCUGUUUCUAUGGAUGACACUCUCAUUUUGUCGACUGCAGCGGCAUGCUGCUGAGCAACAAAUUCCGUCUUCUGAUGUAUUCAGGGAGGAUUACCUAAUGCCUAAUUGCUAUUCUGCACCUUCAAAGCACCAUAAAACUCAAGCUAUGCAAAUGCUUGCAACUCAGAGAGGUAAAUGUAAAUUUCAAAAGAAAUUAUCAAAUUACAUUUCUCUAGAACCAAUACCUGGAUCAGCAACUGCACUUCCCAUUGGUCGUCAAAAUAUUUAUCCAAGGCUACCUGAGGUUUCACUCACGACUAGGCCGAUUAGUUCUUCAAUUACCACGGGUUCGCAAUCGAUACCGUCACUAAGUUGUGUAACAAGCCAGCAAAAAACUAAAGAUUCUAGUGGCGAUGUCUCGCGAUUUGAUAGACUACGGCGAAUAUUGGGCAUUCUGCUAGACAAUAGCAACCAUCAUUACCAGCAACCAGCACCGGGUACAAUUGUCGACUUAAACGAGUUACGUAAGGAAUGCUGGCUUGGAAUCCCCCAGCGGAUUCGUCCGCUUGCAUGGCGCAUCCUUUCGGGCUAUCUUCCGACAAAUUUGGAUCGUCGUGAGGUGACAUUAAAACGGAAACGAGAUGAAUAUUGGGAUUAUGUAGAGCAGUAUUUUCACACUCGUUACGACGAGCAGCAUCAAAUCACAUUUCGUCAGAUUCAUAUCGAUAUUCCCAGAAUGUGUCCUCUGAUUCCAUUAUUUCAACAAAAGAAAGUGCAGGAGAUGUUUGAACGUGUACUCUACAUUUGGGCAAUUAGGCAUCCAGCUAGUGGCUAUGUUCAAGGAAUUAAUGAUUUGGUCACGCCCUUCUUCAUUGUGUUCCUUUCUGAAUUUAUUCCUGAUGGUUCUUAUUUUUCUUUAAUUCGAAUUUAUAUUAAAAUAGACACAGACCUUGGAAGUUUUGACUUAUCUCUUCUAAACCGUGAGCAAGUGGAAAUUGUGGAGGCCGACUCAUUUUGGUGCGUUUCUGCGCUUCUUGACACAAUACAAGAUAAUUACACAUUUGCUCAACCUGGAAUUCAACGCAAAGUGAAUGAUCUCCGUGAGCUUAUUAGUCGUGUUGAACGAAAUUUAUACACCCAUUUCGAAUCGAACGGUGUUGAAUUUCUGCAGUUCUCAUUUCGAUGGAUGAAUAAUUUACUGAUGCGCGAAAUUCCCUUACGUACCACUAUUCGACUUUGGGACACAUAUCUGGGCAUAAUGCUUAAAUUGCAAAGUCUUCCCACUCAAAAUUGGAAUGACCAACAGAUCUGUGAAUUAACAGCAGGUAAUUUUCAAUCCUUCGAUUGUUCUAAUAAAUUUAAUAACCCUUCAGAUGCUUAUUCAUUGAUGCAGUUCUUUCAUGGGGCAAAGAGUCAUUUGCAGAAAUGA